AUGAUUGUAACUAAAGCAAUAGUAGGUCCGAUAACUGUUGUUAUGCGAGUAGUUAUAGAGAAUGCGGUGAAAACAUCGAACCUCAAGCCUGAAUCUCAAAAUUUGGUGAAACAUGUAGAAGAUAUCUCUAUAUAUGUACAAAAACUGAAAAAAAAAGCUCCUGAAUCUUAUAAGAAAUUUCAAAAAAUUAAGAAUAACAUUAUUAGCAACGACAAGACAAUUCAAAACAACAAUCCUUUGCUAAACUUUAUUUUAUGCAAAAUGUAUUUAUAUAAAAUAACACAAAACGAGAAGGCACUCACGCAAAUUCAAACGGCUUUAAUGUUUGAAGUAUUAGCUUAUAAAAUGAAACCUAAUAUUUUGGUUAUGGCGGAAAAUAUAAUUAAGUUUUGUAAUAAGAAAUUCAAAAAAAUUUUUGGAACUGGUCGAAAAUUCAAGAUUAGCAAAGAAAAAUUAAACGAAAAAAGUUACAUUUAUAUCGAU